AUGGCCCUGAGCAGCCAGUGCCUCGUUGCCCUCCUGGGCAGAGCCGUUAAAGUCACCCUAAAAUGUGGCGUCUUCCAGGGGGUGCUGCAGCACGUGAACCCCGACCGGAGCCUCCUCCUGCGGACAGUGAAGAACUUGGAAACUGGCAGAAGCAGUCCAGGAAUAAAGAUGUUUUUUGGCCCUGAAAUAGUAAAUGUAGAAUUGCUGGAUGACCCAGAUUCAGGGAAGGGAACAACAGAGCUCUCUGAGUAUGUUGAAGAGUUUCCUUCCUUUCAUAAAAAGAAAGAAGAAGAGAAUGUGGAGUACACAGUUAUUGAUUCUUUCCAGGAGAAAUUUGGCCCAGCAGUGCUGCACCUAAAACAGCAGUGUGUGGUCAGUAUAGCAGGAGAAGGUGUUAACUUGUGUCGUUAUGGAAAACUCUCAUGGCUUGAGAUAGCAUCGAAGAGCCGCAUUUUUCUGUUUGAUAUCUUCCUUCUGGGACCACAGGCUUUCAAAAAUGGAUUACAAAUGUUGCUGGAAGAUAAAAACAUUUUGAAGGUCAUGCAUGAUUGCCGCUGGAUCUCAGACUGCCUUUUCCACCAGUAUGGUGUCCUCCUCUCCAACGUCUUUGAUACACAGGUUGCCGAUGCUCUGCAGUUCUCAAUGGUAACAGGCGGCUUCCUUCCACACCGGGUCUGCACUUUGCAGGAGUGUUUGAUGCACCACUUGAAGAUACCUUCCAAAUGGGAUGCCAUCAUGAAGUGCAGGCAGCAGAUGGCUUCAGAGAAUCCUGACAUAUGGUUCCUGAGACCCUUUCCACCUUCACUGCUUAAAGCACUUGCUCUGAAGGCUAUGCACCUUUUGCUGCUUCACUCAUCUCUAAUGGAGACCUUGAUGUCUGAUCUAACAGCUGUAGUACAUGAUUACUUGAAUACUUAUCGCUCUGGGUCUGGAGAUCACCUUUGUAGCACAAAGCCCACUUGUAUGGAGCUGCCAAAGGAGCUGCGUCAGCUCUUGGAUAUCCAGAAGCUGCGAAAAGAGAGAGCAAUGAAAAACUACAGAAUGAACAAGGAUGGUCUUUUGAUCAGACCAACACCCAUGGAAUUCAAAAAGAGAAACGAUCCACGGGAGGAUGGAAACUACAGAGAUGAUUUGGAUCACUCUCCCACAAAUAAAGCGAUGUCCCAUCUUACAUCCUACCACAAUCGGGAUGUACUUUGUCAAGAAAAGCUUAAAAAAUCAAAAUCAAGAGGUAGAUCCGUGGAAGAACCUUAA